AUGUCGUCAGAAGACCGAGAAGCUCAGGAGGAUGAAUUGCUGGCCUUGGCGAGUAUUUAUGACAGAGAUGAAUUUAGAAAAGCAGAGUCUGUCCAAGGUGGAGAAACCAGGAUCUACUUGGAUUUACCACAAAAUUUCAAGAUAUUUGUGAGCGGCAAUUCAAAUGAGUGUCUCCAGAAUAGUGGCUUUGAAUACACCAUUUGCUUUCUGCCUCCACUUGUGCUGAACUUUGAACUACCACCAGAUUAUCCAUCCUCCUCCCCACCUUCAUUCACACUUAGUGGCAAAUGGCUGUCACCGACUCAGCUGUCUUCUCUGUGCAGACACUUGGACAAUCUAUGGAAAGAAUACCGUGGCAGUGUGGUCUUGUUUGCCUGGAUGCAGUUUCUUAAAGAAGAGACCCUCACGUACCUGAACAUUGCUUCUCCUUUUGAGCUCAAGAUUGGUCCUCAGGGAAAAGUGCAGAGAAGAGGAGCCCAAGCCUCGGCCAGCACUGAGCCGGAGAUUGGGGGAGCUGCUGGGUCUGAUGUAGAGCAAGAGGAAGUUCUGGAUGAACGAGCAGUGCAGGAUGUGGAAUCAUUGUCAAGUCUGAUCCAGGAAAUCUUGGACUUUGAUCAAGCUCAGCAGAAAAAGUGCUUUGACAGUAAACUGUUCCUGUGCAAUAUUUGUUUCAGUGACAAGCUAGGUAGUGAUUGCAUGUACUUCUUAGAAUGCCGGCAUGUGUACUGCAAAGCCUGUCUGAAGGACUACUUUGAGAUCCAGAUCAGAGAUGGCCAAGUUCAGUGCCUCAACUGCCCAGAACCAAAAUGCCCUUCAGUGGCCACACCUGGUCAGGUCAAAGAGCUAGUGGAAGCAGAGUUAUUUGCCCGUUAUGACCGUCUUCUCCUCCAGUCCACCUUGGACCUGAUGGCAGAUGUGGUAUACUGCCCCCGCCCAUCCUGCCAACUGCCUGUAAUGCAAGAGCCUGGCGGUACCAUGGCCAUCUGCUCCAGCUGCAAUUUUGCCUUCUGUACCUUGUGCCGAUUGACCUACCAUGGGGUCUCUCCCUGUAAGAUAAUGGCAGAGAAGUUUAUAGCCUUACGAAAUGAGUACCUGCAAGCAGAUGAGGCCAAUAAAAGACUUCUGGAACAAAGGUUUGGUAAGAGGGUGAUUCAGAAGAUGCUGGAGGAGAUGGAAAGUAAGGAUUGGCUAGAAAAGAACUCCAAGAGCUGUCCGUGUUGUGGGACUCCCAUAGAGAAAUUAGAUGGGUGUAACAAGAUGACUUGUACUGGCUGUAUGCAGUAUUUCUGCUGGAUUUGCAUGGGUUCCCUUUCUAGAGCAAACCCUUACAAGCAUUUCACCGAUCCUGCUUCUCCCUGUUUUAAUCGAUUGUUCUAUGCUAUGGAGGUUGAUGGAGACAUGUGGGAAGAUGAAGACUAGUUAACUCCUCCUGCACAAGAUACGGAAAUAGAGUGGUUUCCCUAAUCUUUUUGACUUCACAAAGUUACUUUGCAGGACACUUAGGAUACUAUUCAUUUACUCUGUGUAGCAUACAUGGAAGAACCAGGUUUAUAUUUUCAUUUGACACUACUGAUUAAGGCACAUCCAUGUAUUUCUCAGUGUAACAUAAAUGGAGAAAAGUAUAAGCCAAAGGUUUAGAAAAUGAAAACUAGAGAAUAUUAAGUAUUAUAAU